UGUUGUUUCUCAAACCAGUUUUCUGAUGUUUAAGAAAAUUUCUUUGUUUUAAGAACUGCACACUUUUUUUGACAUUUGUGAUAAAAUGCUGUUUGUGCGAAGCAAGAGCGAAAUCGUGACAGGAUGUCACUGACUGACGCAAUGAGAAAGAGUUUUAAGUGCCUUGGCUCAGUCAUAGAAGCUAAGGGACGAUUUUAUAAAGUAGUGAAAUCGUGCGGACUGGCCUCUUCAUGACUCACUGGGAAAACUCAUAAAGUGUGUUGUGUGUAACAAAUGGCUGUGUCUAGAGGAGGGGAGAGUUUGAAUGUGUAUGUGCUGUUGUAUCGAGUACAAAUUAUUGACGUCUGGUGAAUACCAAGUUAGAGUAAAAUUCUAAAUAAACUAGACGAUCAAUGAAACAUUUUUUGAGAACUGCAUCAUGUUCCAAGCAGUAGGUUUGUCCCAAGCACUUGCUUGUAGCGUUGUACGUAAUGCUGUGGUACACUUGGAAAUUGGAAAUUUACAAAUGCAGGUUGAUGAUAGUGAAGCAAAUUGCUUUAAAAGUUUAUCAUUUCAGCAACAUAACCUUUCGUCUGUUUUACUUUAAUAAUCCUAACAGUAUUUUCUUCAUCAUAUUUUCUUAAAAAGACGGUGCAACCGUUUAAAUGAGCGUAUAACUAUAAGUGAGGGGUGCACAGGAAAAUUUCCCAGUGAUCUCAUGGGUAGAGCAUUCUCUAUAACUCUUAUUAAAAUGACAUAAUAUGCUUCUAGUUCUAGCAUUGUUUUUUCCCAAAAAUCAUGGUCAAAUUUUAAAAUCAUGCCUCUUUUAUUUAAAAAUAUGCUUGCGUUUGUUUGGAAUAAACGCAAACAGAACAAAGCAUAAUUAAUGUGAGAAUACAAAUGUUCAAAACGCUGUAGAUUGGACAGUAUAGUUUCAAUUUGUGGGACUCGUAGAAUCUGAGGCCAACAUUAACAACAAAUUUAUUCUUCUAGAAAUUUUUGGAUAUGUUCAUGGUCGGAUUUAUAAAUUGUAAAGUAUAAUUACGACGUUACCAAGGCUAUGCGAGAGACAAACAAUACUAAGCAACUUUAAUUAUAUUAUAUUUCUGCUUGUUAAACAGAUGCACCGUCCUUUAUUCUCUAAUCCACAGCUAUUCACUGGUUAGGUACUUGUGGUGCGCUGUACUGUUGAUUAUAAAGAAUUGAAGGAGUGAAAGUCAUUAAUAUUGCACAAAUAUCAAAGACACUUAAAGUGCAUUUGACCUCAUUUUGGGUUUUUAUUAUUUCUGAUAGAUCUCAAAAAGUUAUUUAGCAACUUCUAAAUUAGUUUUUGGGUAAAAUGUUAAUUUCGAGAGUUUUAACGGCUCAAAUACAGAUUUCUGGGAAAAAGGCAAAGAACAGUGGAGGACUGGAACCCAGGAAUACAUGGAUGGAUAUUGUUUAAGUUUAAUUUGCAACAUACUUUUUUUGAAUUUCAACUUUUAUAAACAAUAUGACUUUGCGCUUGAUUUGUGUUUGUGCAGUAUUUUUCUGGAAAUAUUUUUUGUUCGUAAAAUCUAAUUUAGAAAUUGUUAACUAACUUUUUGAGAUUUGUCAGAAUCAAUAAAAUUUAAAAUGGAGGACACAUGCACUUUAAAACAUGCAUUUUGCAUCCAGUCUGCCUCUGUAUUAAAGAAGAAAGUGAAGGCAGAAUCAAAUUAGGAGAAGUGUCAAGAUCUAUAUAUGAUGUGAGAAAAUGGCGUAAAAUUUGUUUUAAUUUUACAGUUUUAACAGUAGCUGUUUUUGUUGGGUCUCUUGAAGAGUAAUUUAAUUGUACACUCGAUUUAGUUAUUUAUGUCCGUCGCGUAAGGUUUGACGCAGGCGGUGUGAAAAUGAAGUUUUUGGAUAAAAUGAGCGUGGUUUUUCCAAAGCAAUUUUCCACCAGUCUAUGACCUAGAAAAUGGUGUAGGAUCAAUUUUUGUGUACUUAUGAAUGGUGUAGGAUCAAUUUUUGUGUACGUAUGAAUUACGUGGAUAAAAAAGAUGUAAAACUGAAUAUAAAAAUAACACAUUUGCCCCAACAUCAAAUUUUAACUCUGCGUCGCUCUAAUUGAAUCUUAUGCUCGACUACACCAAGUAUUGCAUAUCGAACUGGAGUCAAGAUAAAUGAUUGCUCUCUUAAAACCUGUAAUUUUGUUAUUUGAAUUAUCGAUAAUAUAGAAAUAAAAAUUAAAUAUAAUAUACCGCGUUCAAAUAAAGAUAUUUUGACAAAGACAUAUUCUCAAAUAAUGCAGGGAGAAAGAUUUGAAGAACAAAAGAGCCUACCCAUUGAUAUUUAUUACAACAAACUUUUAGAAUGGUUAAUAGACCGUCGACAUUGUAAUUCAAAAUGGUCAGAACAAGUUUUGACCAUACGAGAGAAGAUCAAUGAAGCAAUUCAAGAUAUGCCAGCUGUUGAUGAAAUUAUGCAACUUUUGUCUGGAAGCUAUAUCAACUAUUUUCAUUGUGUGAGGAUUGUGGAACUUUUAGAAAUAUCAGAAUCAGCAUCGAAAAAUAUUUUUGGAAGAUAUUCAUCAAAAAGAAUGAAGGAUUGGUUGGAAAUAAAGCAGCUUUAUGAAACAAACAAUGUUGGCCUGGCCGAGGCCAGUCAUAUGUUGAUAAGAAAUGUAAACUACGAGAUUCCUUCUCUUAAAAGACAAAUAGCAAAGUGCCAACAAACACAAAGGGACUGCACUCGAAAGGAAAGUGAGUAUACUUUGAAUGCUAACAGCUUCAAAGAGAAAUAUUUUCUUAUUUGCAAAAAGAUGGGAAUUCAAGGUGUCAAUGUAAGACAAGAACUUCUCCUCCUUUUGAAAGAGCUUCCUGAUGUUUAUGAUGAUAUUUGUCGAAAAGUAGCGAAUUGCAAUGAUAUCCUAGAUUACUAUGUCGCGUUUGUGGAUUUUAUUUCACCCAAAAAAGAUGAAGUGGAACGUUGUUGUAAAGAUUUGUGUCCAUUUACUUGUUAUGUUAUCAAAAAUGGAAAUACCUGUGUCUAUCAAUGGAGAACUGGUAUUAUUCCAACGAUGAUUAUUAAUCCUGAUGUUGAACUAGUUGAUGAUGCAGACAAUUUGGAGUCGUCCGGGAUAAAUUGGGAUGUAAAUGUCGAUGAAAAAAUGUCGAAGGUACAGUUACCGUUAAUUGCUUUUAUUAUUGCUCCAUUGGUGACGAACAGCAGGUUAACACACGUUAUUGAUAUUUUCUCUUGUUAUGGCUGUUUAUUCAUUUUAUUCCGCUGCCGUUUUUUUAUGUAUUUUGUGACUCAAGAUGCAGGAAACAGCACAAACUCUGUGGGCGAUAAUUGCAAUGCCGACAAUGGUGAUGGAGAAACGAUUGAUUUUGGUGAUGAAGAAAAGAUUGAUUUUGGUGAUGAACCAGCAAUUGAUUUUGGUGAUGAAGAAACGAUUGAUUUUGGUGAUGAACCAACAAUUGAUUUUGGUGAUGAACAAACGAUUGAUUUUGGUGACGAUUCUAGUGAAAUGAAGGUUGAAGAAGGUACUGCAAGCAAUGGUAUUGCGAAAGGCAAUGACGCUUUAACACUUCUCGACUAUCCACAAACCCGAAACUGUUUUGUUGAUGAAAUAAUGGAGCUUCAAGCUUUUUUACAACAAAGAUUAAAAGAAAUGGAAGAUGAUACGAACAUUUUGUUAUCUAAUCAAUUUCAGUCGUCACGUGACAUUCUUCAACGACAAUCACGUGAAAGCGUGGAAAACAUGAAAAAGCGAGUGGAUGAUAUCGUUUCCGUGUUAACAUCUGUCAAAAUACAGAAUCUGUUUUUGAUCAAGGCCUCCCCAAGAUAUGUGGACCGUUUAACCGAGUCUCUUCAACAUAAGCUGAAACUAUCACAGAAAAUGCAAGAGUCGUGUAAGGCCGUUGUGAAACGAAAACUGGAGGCUGCAAAAACUCAAAGUGAACUGGAACCAAAAUUAGAAGUCAUUAUAACGAAAACAAAGGAACUUCAAAAAGAGAUUUCGCAAGAAAUUUCUAAGAAAUAUGAUCAAAGAAUGGUCAAUAUAAUGGGGGAAGUGAAUUCCAUUUAGACGUAUUUUCAAAAGGGAUGUAUUUAGAGGAGGAGUUCAAGAGGCGCGUACCCCUCCUACGUAGCCUUGGCUAGAUGGGGUGCAGGAAGGGUUUCAAUUUUCUUAAAUUCCCUACAAAAUACUAAUUGUAUCAAAAAAUAAACAAAAGCAAUUGUGAUUGGUGUUUAAUCCAAACUACGUAGAGCAACCUCAACAAAAAUCAUCGUGGAUGCAAGAUGUACAUAAAUUAGAACGUUAAAUAAUCAAAAGAAAUAAUCUACUAUAAUUAAGUAUACUUUUUUUACCAACCAUCUCCUUACGCUAUUUAUAGUUAAUAUUGUUCGUGUCAAUUUAUCGCUCAAGUUGUCCGCAUUAAUACGUAGCUACAUGUUUUUCUUAUUGGUAGGUACUGAUAUCGUUAUUUAGCUCAUUUAACAAUCUGAAGCAAUCAUUUAAUCGAAGCAACAAUCUCCAUGGAAAAGUCCAAUAACCCUUGACGCCGUAAAAUGACGUGUAACAUAAUUUAAUUCAAAUGUUACAUUCAACAGCAGCUCGUUCCGCCAUUUGUGCCAGAGCUGAUGACGCGUCAGCCUCCGCUGUUUGUUGACUGUUGCGUGGUAUGUCAAUAACAACGGUAGCUCCUUGAAGUUGUUCAAAUAUACCAGGAUGGGCCUUUUGUUGGUUAAUAGAUAAUGGGCAGUCACGAUGAGCCAGGAGUAAAGCUUUCAAUUGAGCAACUUCAUGUUUUAGGCAUGAAAUCUCAUUCUAUAUAGGAAAAAUAUACUAUCCUGACACGGCGUCACAAAAUUGGACAUGGAAGACUUCAAUUUACUGAAUUUAUUACAUCUUUAAUUGCCCCAGUUUACGCUUAAAUGUAGUAAAAAUGGUAAGAAAAAAUAUUCUUAGGGAAAAGUUGGGGUGGAGAUAAGGGGGCAAGCCAUGCGAUCGCUCUCAAUUGCAUAGCACAUGACGCGUAACAAUUAGCCUGCAUUGCAAACGCUGGUAAAAUGGUUACCAUUCCUUAUCAGGAAUUAAGAAGUGUCUGGGAUGCAGGCUAGGCACAUAUAAAAUUUUGAUCAAUGCGGAUAUUUAGAAUUAACUAUCCAUUUUUAUGACACAUACAAAAUAUCUUAACCAUAAUGUUGUGUUGAAUCAUAACGUAGGUGUUUUUGAACAAAUUUAUUGCACGAGUUUUAGGUUCAUUGAAAGAACGCAACUCACCUGAAGUUGGCUGUUUACGUCUGACAUUUCUUCUGCCUUUUUCUCUAAUGCUUGUAUCCACAAUUUUCGCUUUUCCCUGCAUCUAGUUGCAGCUGCUCUAAAGAUAAUUAAAUGGGAAAGUUUUAAGGAAAAAUAUACGACGCGAUGGCAGACCAUGA